AUGUCUUCAGAGCAAGGCUCAAAGGCAAAAGACGCCUCGGCGACGCCAGUAAAAGGUCAAUCGUACGAGUCACAAAAGGCAUGGAAGGACGUCCAGCGGUUCCUGCCCAAGCGGCUCCAUUUCACCCCCGAGCACCACCCGGUGGAAGAGUGGUGGAUGAACCGGGGACACACGCUCCACCUGGACCGCUGGCGCAACCCGUCGGCCAAGGUGCGGGUCAUCAUGCACCACGGAGUAGGCACCAACGGGCGGCAGAUGAGCAUGAUCCUCGGGGUCCCGCUGCACACGGCGGGAUUGGAGCUGGUCGCCAUCGACAUGCCGGGCUACGGCUGCACGACGGCAGCCCCGGGCGUGACCUACUCCUAUGACGACUGGGUCGACAUUGCCAGCGAUUUCAUCGACCACGAGCUGGAGCUCGACUCGCGGCCGAUCGUGCUGUACGGCCUCAGUGCCGGCGGCAUGCUGACCUACCACGCGGCGGCGCUGAACAAGAACAAGAAGGUGGCAGGCAUCGUGGGCAUGACCUUCCUCGACCAACGCAUCCAGCAGGUGUCGGACGAGACGACGCGCAACCUCUUGAUCGCCCGCGUCGGCAUGCCCCUGGCCAAGCUGCUGCAGCAUGUGCCACUGGCCAAGGCCCUCUCGAUGCCCAUGUGGCUCGCCAGCAAGAUGUCCGCCCUGGCCAACGACCCGGCUGCCCUGCGCGUCCUGCUGGCCGACCGCACCUCAGGCGGCUCGUGGCAGUCGAUGCGCUUCCUGGCCUCCUAUUCGACCUACCAACCGGCCGUCGAGCCCGAGCACUUUGACGUCUGUCCCGUCUUGCUGACCCAGCCGGCCGAGGAUCGCUGGACCCCGCUGCAUCUGAGUGAGCUGUUCCUCCGUAACAUCACAAAGGUGCCCGUCAAGACCGUCAUCUUGGAAAAUGCCGGUCACUAUCCGCUCGAGGAGCCCGGCUUGCAGCAGAUGAGUGAUGCCAUCCUUGAGUUCGUGACCAAGUUGUCACCGGUUUGA